UUCCCCCACUGUUAGAGACCGGGAGUUUGGCGCCCUCUGGAGGUGACUGCGCAGUAUCCUACUACUCUAUUGACCCGGAAAUAGAUUUCACUUCUCUCGGUCACACGUGUGGAAGUACCAACGGGUUAUCAUGGGGAAGUCCAAGCAAACCCGAAACCACAACAAUGGCAAGAAGAAGAACAUUGCAAAGACCUGGAAGACAAAGCGCAGGACCAAAGACCUGGAUCAGAUCCACUCAGACAUGAAGCCUGAGACAGCUGCUAAACUGCUGCAUCAGGAGGUUGACUACGAUGUAACCGGAUGUGCACAACACUACUGCUUACACUGCGCGAGAUAUUUUGUGGAUAUGAGAUCCUUGAAAGAGCACUUCAAAACUAAAGUGCAUAAAAAACGACUGAAGCAGCUCAGAGAAGAGCCCUACACCCAGGAAGAGGCAGAGAGAGCAGCAGGCAUGGGCUCAUACAUCCCUCCAAAAAUUAUUGAAGUGAAGACCCAACCAUUAGAGGAGGACAUGGAAUGAAAGCCUCUGACGUUAAUCCGUGGACUGAUUAACUCAUAAAAGAGGCAUUAACAGUUAAUGCUUGCAGUUAUUGUUGUCACAAACUUUAGUAGCAAAGCUGAAAAUGCCUUUUGUGAUAGAUAAUGUUUGUUUUUCAGCCAGCCGUGAGAAACGUGGUUGUUAAACUUCCAUCACCAAGAUCAGAAGGCUUCUCCUUACAAUCAGAUGCAUUGUCUACCUAUGUAAAUACAAAGGACGGUGGAAUGUUUUCUACAAUAAUACAUUUUGUGGAGUUGAUUAAGUCACAUUACACGUGUGGACUACAGCAGUGCAGUUAGAGCUGUACCUGAACGUACCAGACAAAGAAAUAGAGGAAAACAUGCAUUUCUGUACACAAAGUAAUAUUUAUUUUUCACUCUAGUUGUUCAUUUAAAAUACGGGACAGUUAACUAAGUUUGACGAUUGAUAGAAAAUGUAAUUCUGCUGUGUACUAUAUACCUUAUUUUGUAACUGCUUCAAAUGGAGGGAAUUGGAGAUGUGCAUAGUGAUUCAGAUGUCUGCAACCAGGCUAACUUAUACCUCGUUAAACCUCUAAAUGUUCUUAAUUAAACAAUUUUGAGACAACA